AUGAAGCAUGAUCCUGAUGUGAGUGAAGAGUUGGAAAAGAGCUUCUCGGCUAUAUUGUCAGAAGAACUGAGGCAGAGGGAGGCUGAAGCUCUGGAAACUCAGCAGCAUGCGGAGGUAGCAUUGUUAGAGGCUAAAAAGAUGGCUAAUCAAUAUCAGAAGCAUGCAGAAAAGUGCAACUCAGGUAUGGAUUAUUGCGAGGAAGAUAGGGAGAAAGUAGAAGAUGCAUUGGAAGCACAACGGGAACUCACUGAAAUGUGGGAGAAGAGGGCUCGGCAAAAAGGUUGGAAAGAAGUUACAAUCUGA